UGUACAGUCAUGGCCGAAAGGUCCAUUGCAGCACUCACCGACUGCGUUAAUAAAACUACGCUUCUGCAUCUGGCUGCCCGCUUCUCCGACACGUACUCGGUACUCGCUAAGACCUCGCUGGACCAAUUCCUGGUCACGCCUGUGACGGCGCUGCCAACGGGGAGAGAACAAGGCAAAUUCAUUUGCAUAGAUGUGGGCGGCACAAAUCUACGUGUGGGAUUCAUCGAAUUGCUGGGUCAGACCGAAGAUGGGGCACAAAAUGGCAAUGAGAUGCACAAGCCCAUGGAGAGAGUACGCAGGCUGCAUGAUAGGAACUGGCCGAUUGGUGACCACUUGAAAAUGGACCAUGCGGAAGAUCUUUUUGGAUGGAUAGGAGGUUGCAUAGCCGAAGUUAUUCAGGCUGCGCUUGAUGAUGUGCCAGAUGGCACAUCAUCUCAGUCGUCGCUACUUGGUGAAGAGCUCCUCCUCGGCAUCACAUUUAGCUUCCCGAUGUCGCAAAAGACUUUGUCCGAAGCUACCUUGCUCCCCAUGGGAAAAGGUUUUGCUAUCACUUCAGACCUGAAUUUGGGGAAAUUGCUACUGGCGGGGUACGCACGACAUGCAAAUGGUAAUGAAUCCAUCAACAACGGCAUACAACACAAGGAACCGCCCACCAAGAAGCAGAAAACAUCGACUCAACUCCCGGGAAUCCGCAUAGCAACAAUAACAAACGACACUGUAGCCACUUUCACCUCUCUCGCAUACGCAGUCAAAGUAGCGCCAAACAGCAGAGUUGCCAUGGGUCUCAUAGUAGGGACAGGCACAAACGCCACGGUGCCCAUGAAACUAGCAAACCUCCAUCCUACCAAAAAGAACGAUCUCCAGAAUUCAGACCAAGUCGACACAGUCAUCGUCAACACGGAGUGGACUAUCAAUGGCACCGAACAACCUCUUAUAGAUCUGGGGAUCCAAAAUCAUUGGGAUAGAGAGCUGGAUCGAAACAGUGACCGUCCCGGUUUUCAGCCUUUCGAGUACAUGACGGCAGGUCGCUACCUCGGCGAAAUAGUACGGCUCGCUUUCAUAGAUCUACAUGCGAGUGCAGAGGGAGAAACAAGCCCUCAACUACCCGCUAAACUAAAAAAGCGAAACGCGGUUUCGACGAGAUUCCUAUCCGAAGUCGUCGCAACCUCCACACAAGAUGACGAUGAAAACGAUGAUGCUUUCACGGCUUUAACCUCGAGGCUCGAAGCAGAAUUCCCGUCUCAACAACGAGAAGAAGGACAAGCGGGACCAUGUUUCUGGACUCGCAAACGCAGUACCCUCCUCCGCCACAUCGCUGCUGCAGUACAGCAGCGCUCCUCAGCCCUCAUUGCAGCAGCGUGUAUCGGACUGCUGGAUUGCGUGCACGACAUACACCUCCACCGAUCCACCCCAGGCCCGCAGAACGGCCACGCAGAUCUCAACAACGCUGACGCUCGCGGAGAAGAGGAAAAAGAAGAACUAGUCAUCGCGUACGCGGGUUCGACGAUCUCGCAGUACCCGAAUUGGCUAGCAGACUGCCAGAAAUGGAUCGAUAUCCUCGUUGCGGAAGGGUCGAGAGAAAAUGCGGGCAAGAGGGUUGUUCUUAGGGAAGCUAGUGAUGGGGGCAUUAUUGGAGCUGGUGUGCUUGCAGGCAUGACCGAGUCUAUUGCAUAG